CAUUUCAGGUACUGGACAUGGAUUGAAUACAGCCACAGGGAAUUUCAUAUUAUAUCUCCCUUUCCUUGACUGAGAGGUGACAGCUUCAGAUUCAACUGCAACAGCAUUCAACCUCUAAUCAUGGCAUCUUAUCAAGGGUACUCAUCAGAUGGAAGUGACUCUGAUGUCAUCCUUAACGAAAAGAGCUUGGAUUAUUCCUAUCUUCAAUUAACCAAUGAUACAUGUAGUCACAACCUGCAAGUUUUCCUCUUCGGUUAUGACUCAGGGGAGACAAAUCAAAGAGAGAAAAUAGAGAAUUUGUAUCUUCAGAACAACAUGUUGACAGUGCUCCCUGACCAUUUAGAACAACUCACAUGGCUACGAGUUCUUGACCUCAGUAACAACAGUCUGGAGUUCAUUGGCCAGUCAAUUUUGACCCUUACCAACCUCGUGCAACUUGGGUUGAAGAACAACCUCUUGACAGAUGAAUCUUCAUUUCCCAAAGACAUGUCUUCCCUUGCCAACCUGAAGGAACUGAAUUUGAGUGGAAAUCAACUUACCACCUUCCCACCUCAAAUUGCUGAUCUGGUGAAUCUCCGAUAUCUAUCUAUGGGUGGAAACAGGCUCAAAGAGAUUCCUUCUAACAUUCGCAACAUCAAGAACUCCAGUGUUUCUAUCUUGGUGGGAACGAGCUUGAAGAAAUUCCAACUGAAAUUGGAUGCCUUGCCGAAUUGCGGGUACUGGCACUGUGUGAAAAUCAGCUUCAAAGUCUUCCAUCCACUG